AUGAUUGCUCCCUUCAGGCUUCCUGCAGCACUGGCUGAUCCCGUCCUUGUGCCCCGCACCGCGGCGCCCGCCCCCGGCGACUGGCAGCGCUUGGCGGCGAGCGGCGCCGUCCUCCCCGCGCCCGCGCAGCAGGUUUACUGCUCACAGAAUGAACUGGACUUCGAUUUUCAGCAGUUCAAGGAUGCUGUGGAUGAUUUUAUAUCUGGCAAGUAUGUUUUUCCUUACGUGAGCCCAGUGUGCCUGCGCCUGCUCAUACCAAACACAUCCGCCUUGAUGCCAGCACCGCUGGGCUCUGCCAACUUUGAUUUCCCUCUUGGCGAGGCCGUGGCCUUCAGCCCCUGUGCCCCGCAGCCKGCGAGCGGCGCCGUGCUGCCCCUGUCCCCGCAGGGCCUGCCCGCUCCCUGGCUCUGCUGGAAGGAUGUGGCCGACCAGCACGAGAGGGCACUGGAAGAUGCCCUGGAGCAAAACAGCCAGCUCCAGGAGACCCUCACGCGGCGGCAGGAGGAGCUGUCAUCGCUGCAGGAGAGCAACGUGCAGCUGAAGGAGCUGGCGAGCCAGGCCAGGCAGCUGGCGGCCGUGCUGGACAAGCUGCUGCAGCCGCAGAGCCCUGAUGGGACAGCCCUUCCUCCCUCUCCUCCUCCUCCUCCCAUGGCGUGGACAGCCCCAACAGCGAGCGGCGAGGCAGCCGCAGUGGACACCAUGCCGCGCGGCGAGGAGGCCACGGCGGGCGGCUGCCUGCGGGCCGCGCUGGGCCGCGCCGGCCGCAUCCGCACGCUGGCCUUCCCGCAGGGCAGCGCCUUCAGCCUGCGCACGGCCGGCGGCGGCUACCRCUUCCGCUGGGUGCCGCGCUGA